CAGAGUUAUGGCGUGUUCCUGUCCUACUAUAUGGACAACAAUGUAUACCCCGGGACUAGCUCGCUGGCAUACGCCUUCAUCGGCGGGAUAGCCAUCGGCUGCGCUUACCUCAUGGCCCCGGUUACCGUGUAUCUGAUCCGAACAUACGGCACGCACGUCACCCUGAUCGGAGGGAUUCUCAUCCAGACAGCCGGCCUGAUCCUGGCCUCCUUCACGACUCACGUGUACCAACUGUUCCUCACCGAGGGUGUCUGCUUCGGUGUCGGCAUGGGGAUCAUCUACAUGACGUAUCUCGGCAUUCCCGCCCAAUGGUUCGACAAGAAACGCAGCAUUGCCAACGCCAUCCCCGCCGCCGGUGCAGGCAUUGGCGGUGUGAUCUAUUCCCUCGCCAUUGAAGCGAUGAUCGAGAACCUCGGACUACCCUGGACCUUCCGGACCCUGGCAUUUGUCUCGCUCGUGGCCAACCUGGUCAGCGCUGCCUUUCUCCGGGACCGCAACAAAGCCACCGCCAGCCGCCACAUGUCCUUCAACUUUCCCCUGCUGCGCAAAGUUGAGUUCUUGCUCCUGCUUGGGUGGGCCAUUUUCGGCACGUUCGGCUUCGUCACGAUCAACUUCAGUCUGCCCAACUUUGCCAUUUCGAUCGGACUAACCGCCCAUCAAAGCAGUGUAGUCGGUGCGCUGCACAACCUAGGCCAGGGAAUGGGACGACCAUUGAUCGGGCUCUUCAGCGACCGCCUAGGCCGGUUGAAUGUCGCAACGGUGUUGUCGUUUGUGUGUGCGGUGUUCUGCUUCGCGCUUUGGAUCCCCGCGCGCAGCAUGGCGGUGGUGAGCGUGUUCGCGGUGUUGGGGGGCAUGGUGUCGGGGACGUUCUUUGCGACGGUAGCCCCUGUGUUCGUGGAAAUCAUCGGGCUGCAUGAUCUCCCAGGGGCGCUGAGCAUCCUUUGGCUGGUGCUGGUGGGGCCGGGAGCAGCCGGCGAGGCGGUUGCACAGGCACUGCGACGGCCGGCCCUGGGGGCGGAGGCCUAUCAGCAGGUGCAGAUCUUCUCGGGGAUGGUGUUUGUUGCUGGGGGAUUGUGUCUGUGGGUGGUGCGGGGGUGGAAGGUGCGGCAGAGUCGCGGGUGCGGGGAGGCGCAAGGGAUGUGUAAAGAGGGGAUGGUGGUGAGGGAAACGGAGAGGGAGGAGAAGUCGGUCUGGAAUCCGAUGGAGAUGGCUCGAGAGAUGGUGCGGUGUUGUCGAGUAUGAUGGUGGGAUGAGGUUGGGAAGUGGUUGAGGGUCAGUAGAUAGAUUGCAUACAGUACUGAAUACCAUACCAUACAUGCC